AGGAACCCAAUUGGAAGUUUGAGCUACGACUUCAUAGUCCAAUUUGGCCAAGGAUUACCAUUACCACCCAAAACAGACCAACUCUAGCAACACCUGUACCCACUCAGCAACAUGUUCUUUAAGCUGCUCCUCGCUACCCUCGUGGCUCUGGCUGUGGCCAAGCCUCAGCACCAACAGGCUGCCCAGUAUCCGGCUGGUGUUAAUCCCCAGGACUGCCCCGGUUUCCCCAUCUGUGAUAACGAGCGCCUGCACAAUCCCCGGCCACAGUGGGGCGCCCCGCAGCCGCAGUGGAACCCCCAGCCGCAGCAGUGGAAUCCUCAGCCACAGUGGAAUCCCCAGCCCCAGCAUCAGUGGAAUCCCCAGCCUCAGCCCCAGUGGCAGCCGCAGCCCUCGUGGAAUGCUGCUCCGGCUCCUGCUGCCGGCGGUGAUAAGUAUCCGGCUGGCAUCAAUCCUCAGACCUGUCCCAACUAUCCGUACUGCGAUGUGAAUGCCGGACAUGCCGGUGCCCCGGUGGCUGCUCCUCCACUACCGGGCUGGACAGAGCGUCUGUAUCCCGCUGGAGUGUCGCCCCAUGAGUGCCCCAACUUCCCGUACUGCCACUAGGGUGGGCGCAGCUUCCUCUAACAUCAUCCCCUUUCCCCCAGUUCUCAAUUAGUGAACAUUAAUUUGAAAUUCUUUG